UUUCGUUGCAGUUCGGCGCCGUUGCUCGACGAGUUCAUACGUAUUUUAUUACUUCGUAAUUUUUCGUUAAAUAUCGGUGUUGAUGGUCAUCACGUUGUGUUAAUUAUUUCAAUGUAUUCUUUCAAAUAACGUUUAUUUGUUUAAAAUAUUCUUUACAACAAGAAAAAGUGUGUUUUUUUGUACAAAAUCACCUAUAUUACAACGGAUGUAGUCAGUAUUUAUUUUAUUCAAUUUCAAACAAUGAAGAUAUGAUUUUAUGACACAUUAUCAUUUUUCGUUCUAUGGAAUAUUAUUUUAUAUCUAUUAAUGUGGUGAAUCAACAACAAUUAUUGAUAUUCUUGAUAUAUAAAAUAUUAUAUUAUUUCAUUGGAUUAAAUAUUUUGAUAUGUAAAUGUUGAUUGGUUAUCAAACGAAUACAAUGUCUUGUAAAAGAAAAUGCAACUUCUUUGAUAACAUCUAUUAUUUCGUGAGAUUUUUUCUCAAUAUACUAAGAACGUAAGAUGUUAAUAAGAAAAGAGAGAGAAAGAAAAAGAGAGAAAGGACGAUAAAAAAUAGUGUUGACAGGUGAUAGCAAUGGAACGGUGAUCGCGUGUAUCGGUUUCAUGAGUAAAAAGCGAUUGUGUAUAUAUCCAGCUUUUGCGAGUGAAAAAAAGAUCAUUCGAUUGAUAUUCAAGCACACGAACACAUUCUUAAAGAUGUUACUACACAUACAAUGUAAACGCAAGUUUCAAAUAUCAAAUAACAUGAUCUAUUUCUUCAACUCCUUUUUCUUUAAAGAUAUCCGUUAAUUCGAAAGGAUAUACGACCGCGUCUUUAGAACACGUGUUCAGUGUCACGUGGUUCGUUCAAGAAAACAUGAAAUGAUCCAUGGAUUCGCGCAUCAUCUUUCGAAUCUUUUUCAUCGAAUUAAUUAUUAUUUCUCUACCUUGUGAGAUGCGAGAGUAAGGAAGAAAUGGAGACACUUUAUACAGGAGCGAUCCAUGGGUUUCCUCAAUCGAAUGGCGGACUUACUAAUGGAAUUUCGACGGGAAUGGGUAGCUCGUUCGAUCAAGAUGGUGUGUUGAGCCUCAUUGUGGUUUUAGGAGGAAGCUUGUCUCUGGUGGCACUAGUCUUUGCUUUCAUUACCUACAGCUUAUUCUCGGAUUUGAGAAGCCUGGCGGGCACGACCCUUAUGAAUCUCUUGGCAGCUCUCUUCAUGGUUCAACUACUCUUCAUAGUUGGAGUGGGUGGCGUUCAGGAUUCGGAGCUGUGCAUUUCCUUGGGGUUGAGUUUGCAGUACCUUCGAAUGACGGUGGUUUGUUGGCUGGCUGCGAUGUGUCAUCAUCUUUACGCAACGGUCGCAUCGAUUCCACGCCGUGACGAUCCACCGACUUACCUCAAGUACAGCAUCUUCGCCUGGGGUGCACCAUUUCUCAACCUCGCCGUUGCCAUUUUUCUACAGAUUCGCGAGGCGAGCAAUAUUUGGAACAUUGUGGAUCUCACUCCUUUUAAUUGCUGGUUUAUGGGAACGAAGGCAACGAUUUACACGUACGGUUUGCCAGUCUUCCUGCUGCUUCUUUCUGCGGGUUAUUAUUUAAUCAAAGCUGCAAUUGUAUCCAGAUACACGUGCAGUAUGCAAUUGGAAAUAAAACAACGCGAAAAGAUGAAAAGGAGAAGAGCGUUGCAAAUGAUUCUAUUUUUAAAAGUGUGUAUGAUAGUGGGUUUCGUAGCUGGAUGCGGUGUUGCAUCUAGGAUAUGGAAAAUCCCUUUUCUUUGGGCUGUAUUCUGCACUGGACAUUCUCUUCAGUCCAAAACACAUUCACUUAAGGCAAUUUCUCAAAGAAGACGCUUUGGAGCAUAGGCGAAAGAUGGUUGGAAAUUGGGGCACGUGAGUUUCAAGGCAAACGGUUGGUAAAUGCGAAACAUCUGUACCAUAACGAAACCGAAUUAUUCAUACGAAACGAAGCCAAAACUACUGUUGAAACUGAUGCUGUUUCGCUGCUGGUACUUUACCUAUUCCGUUGGAGAAAGGGUGCAAAAAAGCCUCAAGAAUAUCCUUCUAGAAAGGAAAUCGUAAAAUUUUCAUAACAAAC